AUGGACUCUACAGAGAGAGCUCACAGAAAAAGGACAAACGACGUCUUUCGAAAGAGUUCAUCGGUUCUUUCUUUUAUUUCAAUUCUACUGAUUGUUGCGCUGUUCAUGAGGAUGGAGAUGAUCAACAAGCGAACGCAAAUCAAUGAAGUGCGUAUUUUAGCCGUUGAAAGUCGCAUGAAGACGACAAAUGAAGCAGACAAAAAUGUCGAGGACAAGCUGAAAACGUUUACAGGUACAUGCAAAUACAAAACUAUUUACUUUGAUCCAAACGACGUUAAUUUGAAGUAUGAUAUGAAUUAAUUUAGCUUCUACAAUUCGAUUCCCUGGAGGGAAGAAUAGGAAAUGACGAAAAUGGCAAAACCGCCUUAAUUGACCUGGUGUUUAUUUAUGAGCUCCAAAUGUUUGAUGAGAACUGACCAUGAACUUUUCGAUUUGAUGGAGAUCGUGAUAGGCUGUAGUCAUGCGAAAAACCCAUAUCAUUUUGGCAAGAUGAUUAGGUCAGUAUUUGUUGUACAACGGGUUCAUAAUCUCAACCCACAUACCUUAAGACUACAAAAACAAUAUGUCAACUUAAAAAACUAAAAGUGAAGUUCAAGUUGGCAAGAUGUAACAGUUGCUUGUGAUGCUUCUCUUUUUCAUGUAAAGAAACGAUAUUAAUAUGACUUAAAAUAUAACAUUGCAUAACCUUUGACGGUUUAUGCGGAAACAUGACUUGAUAAAAUUAUCUCAACUAUCAUUGAAAUGGCAACGUUUUAAUGGUCCUGUACGAAAUAUUCAGAGUGGAUUGUUCUAAUUGGUUAUGAGCCGAUGAAAUAAGAAAAUUAAUUUAAAAAGGUAUGAUUAGGCUGCUUAAUGUUGAACAAAGUUCGUUUAAUGCUUAGAUAUAUAAUUUCCAAAUCACACAUCUUAAGGAACCAGUCAUAUUUUAUCGUCUAGGGGGGGAGGGGGGAAGGUCGGAGGUUUCUGGUUGUGCCACAAUAAAUUUUUUUCGGGCUCUUUAGUAUUUUAACUUUUUCCCUCAUUCUUGGUUUUCACCCAAGUUACUUUUGUCAUGACGGCGGCUGCUAUCCGCCAUGUUGGUGCUCAAGCAAAUAGUUACAAAUGCGCUUGUAGUUAGGUGAAAGUGAUAAAGUAGAAAUGAUUCUUUGUGUAGUUUUCGGAUGUGGCACCAGAACUGAUCAGGACAAAGGAAUUGGAUUUCAUCGAAUACCAUCAGUUGUUUAAAGUUAGUCUUCCUUCGAAGAAGAAUUGAAAACAGAGAGGAGAGAGAACUGGAUACAAUCGAUAAGUCGCGGCGACGCAAAUUUCCCUUUCGUAAACGGUCGUUGCCAUUUGAAACGGUCGCUGCCAUUUCUCAGAACGGUCGUUGCCAUUUGAAACGGUCGAUGCCAUUUCUAAAACUAGCCGAGCAGACGACAGCCCUCGUGAAUAGCUCGUACGCUGUUGGCACGCUCGGACGUCACUUCCGGGCAGUGUUGUUUAUAAGAUGGCGGAGCAAUCCACGUGCGCCAGAGUUUAGCCAGCUGAAACAGAAAGAACCCAUUCUUCUUGUGCAGAAACAAAACAAAAAUCAAUUAAGAAGCCAACGGGGUGGAACUCCUUUAUGCAGUCAGUUGCGGUGAGUUUGUUUUGUAUUUCCCGAAAUAUUCAAUCAUUUUCAGCCUGGAUAAAGUGCUUGUUCAAAUAGUCUAAAACAUGUUGUUUCCCUUACAUCCUUUACAUCCGAUUACAAGUGAUUAAGAUUAAGUGAUCAGAAAUAUCAGUGAAAAAUAAACCGCAUCUAAAAUUUUCGUUUAUGUCAUUAACAAAUAUCUUAUCUAUAAGUGUUGCACUUGUAUUCGUUAUUCUUGUAGGCCUUGAAAUUACAUUCGAUAUAAGCUGAUAUAGUUUCCUCGUACUUUGUAUCAUUCCACAGCCAGAUGUCAAGGAACAACUUGGAAAGGGGGCAGGAAUCGGGCAGGUUUCCAAAGUGGUUGGCAAUAUGUGGAAGAAAUUGCCGACAGACAGACGAAAGGUUCGUUAUAAACUUCUAACAUUGCGAAUGUUUGUGUAUUAACCCUGCCCCAUUUCAGUGGACUGCUCUGUGGUUUACGUGGCUAACUUUGUAAGGACCGAGAGUGUAAAUGUUCUCGUCAAACUUUCCAAUUAAAAGUAUUUUAGGUUAUGAAUGUUGAUCUUGAAUCAAGCUGGGACCUCAAGCUGAAUGUCAAUUUUGUAAUAUAAUGUUCAGACUUGUUAUUUUUCCAGACAGAACUCUUAAAUAUACCUAGGGGAUAACAAGGCCCAUUAUAAUGUACCAAUUAAUUUAACCUAAAUUUUAAUUAGAAAUAACCUACAUGUGGCGGAUCCAGGUUUUGAGGAAAGGGGGGGGGGGGGCAAGGGGGUAUUAUCCUCAAAAAAUUAUGAUAGAGGGUGAAAAAAACUGUCUUUGCAAUCUAGUUUAUAUAAAAAAAUAGGGGGGAUCAAAAAUACACGAUUGUUCCCUAAUAUAUUUCCCCCCUUUUAAAAUAGCAUGCUAUGAUCUUCAUAGGACUGGAAAGAUAAAGCACAGAGCUUGAGGGAAGACCUUGAUAUGGGAAUAGCAGCGAUAAAAAAAUGUCCAACCUGCAGCACCCAGUUCACAAGGGAGAAGGACUUCAAAUACCACCAGAAAGGUUGUCAUGAGUGCAUUUGCGAAGAAUGCAAUGAAUCGUUUGAUCAUGAGCAAAAGCUAAAGAGGCGUAAAGACAAGAAACAUAAAGACUUUUGCAGAGAAACGAAAUCUUAUAAAACACCAAAAGUAACAUGUUUAAUUAACCUAUCCUGCAUUUAGUGAUUUUAACUGGAGAUAAUUUGAAAGGACUAUUGGAUCAAUCUAUAAUACAUAAUUGUUUUUGUUUUUAAAUUAUUAUUAUCGAUUUUUGAAAUUAAUUGUGGUCAUUGCUGCAAAUGUACAUCAUGUUACUGUUCAAACCAAAUUUUAAAUCAUUACAAUGUUGUGUUAGGCUUUAACAGGAAAGAAUGAAUUAACACUUAUUUACAAUUUCAAACCUUCAAUCUUUUCAAAGUUUUACGUUUGUACAGCUUAAUCUUCAGAAGAUAGACCCCUCCCCACUUUUUGGGUGAAAUAACUGGAGGCCCAGGCCUUAAUUUACCUGAGUAUUAGUUAGCGCCCCAUGUGAAUCAAUGGCUGAACUUUGCUUAUAAUUUUCCUCAAUCAGGAUAUCAGCAAACAAACCUUCAUACCUACAAGGUUUCACUUGAACAAAAAUAUAAUCAAAUUAUAAGUGUUUGAAAUUGGCUAGAGUACUAUACGGUUGUAUGGCAUCGUACCAAUUAUCUGAACCAUGGAAGAAUCCAUAAGUUCUGGCACAUGUACAUCAUCACUUCACUGAGAUGCUGUUUAUCACUUCAUAUUCGGAUAUCCAUUGCUCCAGGUUUUCUUUCGUUAUAUCUUCGGUCAAAAAGUGCUCUUUGAAUUUUUCUCCAUUUCCUGAAAUUGCCUUCAGGUAGUAAAAUGAAUCAUCUGGAAGCGAAGCCAGAAAACUCUCCUUUGUAAUUUGGGUCGAUUCAAAAGAUUUUCUUUUCGAUUCGACUUCUUUUAUAGCUGAAGAUAUUAGAUCUUUGAGAAAAUUGUCGGGUUUGUCCGUCAUUUUGAUUUGAUAAAAAUCGCGAUGGUCUGUGGGAAAGCUAGUCACGCAUUGCUCUGAUUGUCACGCAUGUCGUCGGAGAAAGUCGGAAAUAUCGGUUCCUUCUUGGCAUCGACCGUCAUGAGAAAUGGCAUCAACCGUUUUCAAUGGCAACGACCGUUCCGAGAAAUGGCAUCGACCGUUUCAAAUGGCAACGACCGUUCUUAGAAAUGGCAUCGACCGUUUCAAAUGGCAACGACCGUUUACGAAAGGGAAAUUUGCCGCGGCGACACGAGAUAAGAAAAAAGGUAAAGACAGACCGGCACGGACUCCCUAGGUGGCUUUCGAGGUUGCGUCGCAUUAUCUCCUUCAAAUUAUAUUUUUGCUCUAACAAGCAUGUCUUAAAGGAAUUUGCCUUUGGUAAGAGAUGAUCGUAAAAUUUGUUUACAGCAAGGGCGUAUUGUGUAUCAGACUCAAAUGCUCCAUCAAUAUUUGUUUUUAUUUUCAACUGCCGGGUGGUACGUUAUGACAAAAGGCAAUAAACGUUCGUGACCUUUCGGCUUUUGUGUAUGUUUAAGGGCCGAUUGUCAAGAGGCAAAGUUGAUACCUGACAGAGACCUUUCUAUAAUGUUUUCUGGGUACCCUCUUGCUUUGAGGCGUUGUUUGAAUUUCAAACGGCCCUCUUCAAAUGUUUUUUCGAAGAGGUAGUUCUCAGCAAUCUUAUUGCUUCGCCUUUAAUGAAAUCAUGUUUUACGCCUAGUGGGUGGCACGAGGCGAAGUACGUAAAUUGGAAUUAAGGUCUCGGUCGGCUUGUAAUGGGUUUUGAUGUCCAAGAUGGAAUCUUUUGAAAAUCUUUUCCCUUUAAACACUGUGGUAUCGAGAAAAGUGAUUUGGUUCUCUGAUAUUUCGGCCGUGAAUUUGAUAUUAUGGUCGAAAUAGUUGGCUCGUUUAAUAAACCGAUCCAGCACUUUUCUGUCGCAAUCCAUAAGGGAGAAAAUGUCAUCGAUGUAACGUUUCCAUUCUCUUGGCUUGAUUUUACCUUGUUGAAUUAAUUCGUUUCAAUUUCCGCCAUGAAAAUAUUGGUAAAUGACACUGCCAUUUUCGUACCCUUAGUGGUUCCAGGUGUUUGGAGGAAGUUCUCCUCAUUGAAUUACAACGAAUUUUCUUUAAGGAUUAAACCAAGCAUUUCCCCUAAGUAGUGCGUUCGGAUCGUGCGUUAUGAUUGUGGAACAUUUCCUGUGUUUCAAAUACUAUAUUCGUUCAUUCUUCUUGACGUAUAUUUGUGUAUCCCUUUCUGCGAUAAUCCAAAUGCCUUCAAGAGGAUCGUUCAUCCGCUGCGAAUGUCUCACCUUCGCUAAAACAACAAUCUUGUUUACAAUCUCUGCUCCUUGAACUGAUGUUACGAAGCCAGACACUAUUUGGUUGUACGCUUCAAGACUUUUGAAUGUUUUAAAUUGCUUAUUUGUCAAGAAUAACUUGUCUCCAGAACAAAAUAAGAAAGAAGGUGCGAGACUUCUAUCGAGGGCAGACAUUCUGCUUGGAAUGGCUACUGGAUCGAUACCAAUCACAAAAAAUUUUCUUAAGUUAUCGCUCUGGAACGUGGCUUUCUAGGCCCUCCGCAUAGUUCGAAAGCACAGGUAUUCUAAGGAGAAUAUUCUCUUGUGAUUCUAGAUUUUUUUCACCAGAAAUAUUCAUAAAACAAAGUAUUUGAAAGAGGGCACUGUAAAGAUGGCAAUAUAUUUGCACACCUGAGAUGGGCACCAACAUGGCGGACGCUUAAUUUGCAUAGAUGUAUGACCGUCAAUUCUUUACAGCCCCUCUUUACAUUCUGUUUGUGAUCCUCCCCUCUGUUCCCGAUGAAAACCACGUGAUCCCCACAAAAUCCCCCGAUCCCAACCCCUGGCGACCGAUAAUGACUGGCCAAGAUAUUUGUUCUUUGUGACUUACCAAAUGGUCUUUUGCAUUAAAGACGAUGAUGUUUAAUGCAGAAUUAAAUUGUUUUAAAAGAAAUAGUGAAGCUCCCGCACCCCAGGAUAAAUAUGUUUUUUUUCCAAAAAUAUUUAAAAGCCUUGACCAUUUUUUUUCCACUUGUUUCACACAAAGAUCUCGAAAGUGUUAUGAGAAAACGUCCAGCGGAUCAUCGCAAAAGAGAGAAAAGAAAUAUUGCUCCAAAUCCAACGGCAGGAACUGUAACUUUACAACAAAUCCGCCAAGAAAUAAACAACAAGUUCAUUGAUGUUUGUAACUCCUCAGACAGAAUAUGCCAGGCAGGACCUCCGGGACCGCCAGGAGCCCUUGGGUAUCCCGGAUAUAAGGGAGAAAAGGGGGCCUCUGGAAAGGUAGGACCACCAGGCCCAUCGGGGCCUAUUGGGGCUCCAGGCGUGGGUGGCAAAAGAGGACCUGUGGGACCUCAAGGAGUAAAGGGCGACAAAGGCGACAAAGGGUCUGUUGGAGCUCCUGGAAUUAAAGGAGAUAUUGGAGCGAAGGGUCGUCACGGACAAAAAGGAUCUAUUGGCUUAAAAGGGAACAAAGGUAUCAGAGGAUUGGUUGGUAUUCAGGGACCAAAGGGAGAAUGUGUUGUUCCACCGAAGAUCAUUGUGUAUCCAGUAUCUCAGGAAGUCUUUAUCAACGAGACGGCAAUAUUCUUCUGUUGGGUUCAAGGCCAGACGUCGUCCAAAAUAACAUGGAGUAAGCUUGGAGGUACUCUAUCUGAUGCUACCGUGAAAGACGGUGCGCUUCGAAUCAACAGCGUUCAAAGGUCACAUGUGGGGUCGUAUAUGUGUGCAGCUCAUACCGGUCUAGGAAUUUUCAGAAUCGCAGGCAGUUUACUCGUAAAAGGUAGGAUCUUUAACUUUAAAUACUUUCCAACCUUGCAUUCGAAAAUUGAAGGAGUCAGCGUCUGCUACUCUCAAGUCAUGUGUCAUAGCCUGAGUCACUUUUCCUGACGCGCAAGACAAAGAAUAAAACUGAAGGGAAUGUAAAAACCUACGCAAACUGCAUAUAUCUGAGAUUAUUCGUGGUCUCCUAUUUUGUUUGUUAACUCGAUGAUCUUCUUUUUGUUUAGAGAUACCACAGUUCACUAACAAACCUCCACCGAAGGUCGUUGUAGAACAAGCAACAACUGUCAGCCUCUGCUGCGUGGCCACAGGUUCCCCUCGUCCUAAAGUUGAAUGGACUAGACAUCAAAGGUCCACUUUGUUCUCUCCGUUUUUCCAGGAAGACGGAUGUCUCGCAGUAAAUACUGCAAAAGCACAUGGUGAAGAAGACUACAUCUGUCGAGCCACAAACAGCUUUGGGUUAACGGAAACAGUAACCACGGUGAUUGCUACGAAAUUAAUGGGUAUUAUAACAGUUAUUACUUUUCAACUGUACAUCCAAAACACAUUUCCUCUCUACGUUUUUUUUAUUACAAACUAGACAAGAAAAUGUUUGGCAAAAGUCUUAAAAUGAUAAGCACAGUAUUUUUAAUUUUAAUCGAAAAACGCAAGCUCUUUAAAAAUGUAUUUAAACAGUUUGACUUGAAAGUUCUUGAAGUUUUAUGUUUCGUCUUUAGAUAGUUCUUGUGACCUAGUUCAGCAUGGACCUUCUCGCAAAACUGAUGGGAUGUACUACCUACGAGCUAAAAACACUCAACCAGCCUUUCCUGUAAGUCUGAACCGUAUUAAAUAUAGUACGUAUUCCUCUCUCAAAAUAACGGCAAUGCAGUCGAGGCAGUCAGCAAACUUGAUUAGAAAAGAUAAAUCUUCAAAUGAAAUAACGGUUCAAGGCUGUAUUCAUGCAAUAACUGGAAACUUCCAAGUAAGAACUAUGAUGCAAAGAGAGUGGAGACCGUUUUCUAAGAAUGCUUUACGCAUUUCGCUGACAUGGCUAAAAAAGGUUUCUCUCGCAUGGUCAGAUUUUCAUCUAACCUGGUUUCUCUUUGGCACUUUGAAGGACAUCGUAGGCGUCUUGAUGUUGGCUAAUGUUGAAUUAUCUUACGCCUGGCCGUUACAUAUCAACCCUUUUUAACAAAUUAUUUUGCAACAACAACAAACACGAACACGAACAUAAAAAGGUCAAAAGUUAACCAAUGAAGCACAAUGUGAACUCUUCCUCUUGUUUUCACGGACCCUCUCGCGAAACUGCCGUGAUGUACCACGUAUGCGAUAAAAACACUCAACUAGCCUUUCCUGUAAGUCUAAACCGAAGAAAAAUGUCAUAUAUAUUCUUCCCCUAAAUAACGGCAAUGCAGCCAUGCCGGUCAGCAACCUUGAUAAGAAUAGUUAAAUCUCCAACUAAAAUAAAGAUUCAAGGCUGCAUUCACGCAACAACUGGAAACUUUCAGACGAGAACUAUGAUGCAAAGAGACAGAGAGCAACAGAGACUCUAUGGUGAGUAAGGCCCAUUACGAAGUUCAAUGACAUGUUAAAAAACAUGACACUCAGACAUUGAUGACCCUAGAGGUCUGCAGAACGCAUGUCAUACAGGAACUUCUUAAUAGGCCUUGCUAAUCAUAGUGUCUCUGGUUGAGCAUAGGAGCGCGGGAUCCGAACGUCUGAGGUUCGAUUCCUCAUGGGAACUCAGAAAUUAUCUUUUCCCACGCUUGUGACAAGACGAAAAAAGAUGUUUCUCUAUUUCUUCACCGAGCUCAAGACUUACCAUCUUUUUUAAUGUUCUUAUAACAAAAUAUUUAAAUUGUUAAAAUAUAUAUUUCUAAGACAUGAAACAAUGCAUUUUUUCACGGUUCGGUAUCAGUGCUCAACACUCAUUUUUUUUUUUUUUUUUUUUUUUUACUGCAGGUCUACUGCGAAUUGACAACAGACGGUAGAGGCUGGACUCUUAUUGCCCGCUUUUCAAAUAAUGACGUCAAGAACUGGAUGGCUGACACUGGCCAUUGGUGGUACGACCGUCAAGUUGCCACUGGAAAGACAGAGAGUCCCUUUAUAAACACUGACAUGAUCUCACCAGCAUUUUGGUUGGUCAGAGGAAGCGAAAUUAAGAUCACGCGCAGUGACGACCCCAGUCACACUCCUCUGUUACAGACCACAGGUAACUGUUUGGGUGGAUAUACAUUCCGAUCUAAAAUCACAAGUUAUGGCGACUUUAGAAAUGGCAAGGUCUGGGCCACUGAUCAGUGUCUGGGAAGUUGUCCAGUUCAAUAUGGCGGACAGUACAAGUCAACAGACGGGUUUCAACAAGCUGAUUGCAAAGGAAACAUCCAAAGCGCUAACAAGAUCGGCUUCUGGUGUGACUGGAGUGGUGGGGAUGGAUCAGUGAUGAUGAUUGGAGGAGGAGGAGGUAGCUGUGCACGUGCUGAUCAUGGGAUUGGGAUCACAGAAGCUGGCGCUGCUUCUUUCGUUGAAGAUGGUGGUCAUGAAACUGAAUAUGACUUUGGUUAUGAUGGUUUAACAAAUAAAGUUCCAUCUCAAUCCUACUCGUUGAACUUAUGGAUCCGUUAA